AUGCUGCCCACACCUGACACUUCCCAUGUGUCCUUCGACACUAUCUACGAACCCGCUGAGGAUUCAUAUCUUUUCCUGGACACCUUAUCGUCCACAUCCGAGUCCCAAUGGCUGUCGCAGCGAUUCUCCAAAUCAGACUCUUCUGCUUCCAACCCGUCAGCCAAUUUCAUCCCCCUUGUCGUCGAAGUGGGUACAGGGUCCGGGGUGGUUCUGGCAUUCACCGCGGCACAAUCACAGCAUAUCUUUGGGAGACGAGACGUGCUCACUCUCGGAAUAGAUGUGAAUCGAAAUGCGUGCCUCGCGACUCGGGAGACUGUUUCCACGGCUAUUCAGGCCGAGCAGAAGCCGACGCAGACUCCAUCACCGUCUACCCUUUCACCGGAAGUCACGCCCCUUCAGACAGUCCACGCUGCGUGCAUCACUGGCGAUCUCUGUACGGCGCUGCGUCCAGGAAGCGUCGAUGUGCUCCUGUUCAACCCGCCAUAUGUGCCCACGGAAGAACUCCCUCGUCUGCCUUCGGAAUCGGAGAAUGACCCGCGCACGGCGCACGCCAUGUCUCGAUCUGCCAAGUUUGAAAGUGACUCGUUCUUCCUGUCCUUGACCUAUGCAGGAGGCGCAAAUGGAAUGGAGACGACCAAUCGACUCCUGGACGCAAUCCCUGAGGUGCUUUCCGGGCGUGGCGUGGCAUACGUCUUGCUAUGUCAGCAAAAUCGACCCAGCGAAGUCAUGGACAGAAUUCGCGCAUGGGAUGGUUGGAAUGCAGAGAGUGUCGGGUCAAGUGGAAUGCAGGCUGGAUGGGAGAAAUUGGUCAUUGUUCGAAUUUGGAGGAGAGAAGAUAGCCCUGCCGAGAGGGGGACCCUUUGA